UUAAAUUAAGCUGCAAAUCUCACCAGACACCAGAUUCAUCGAGAGCAACGAGCUGGAUAGCCUCACCUUUGCUUCCUGUGAACCUGCAUUCUCGACACCUUCACCGACAGGUGGCUCAGCAAACCGCUUUAGUCACUAGUCAAUCCGCGCUUCUGUCCUGCAGGCAGUAGCCAGUAGCCGCGGGCGGCGUGCCGCGAAAUCCGACACUAGCCAUUCACUAACCUCGAACGGGCUGUGGAAGAUACUGAAGCUCAAGCAAGCUAGUCUGACGGUUGCACGGAUGGUUUGGCUUCAUUUCUAUGAGUGAAUCUUUUAUUGUGCACUUUGCUCCGAAGAGCGCAUGAAGAAGUGCAUUUGUCCGUUCCCUAAACCUGGCGAGGUCGUCAAUGGGGUUUCGCCUUCGGACGCCAAAUGUUGCCAUCAAACGCGGAAGAUUUGUUCUCUAGACAAUGGAAGAAACGUGGACGCUCAAGCGUUGUGGUGAUUUCAGUUCGGGAAAGACUGAAAUUCCGCUAGACUCACGCAAUGUUGUGAUUGGACGCAACGUGGAGAAAAGGUACCGCGUGGACAGCGUCAACAUCAGCCGUCAGCACGCAUGUUUUAAUCUCUCUGAUGAUGGAGUUUGGGCUGUACAAGAUCUUCGAAGCCGAAACGGGGUUUACGUUAAUGGCGCGAAGAUACAGCCUAGUCUUACGGUACAUCUUGCCGAGAAUGACACAAUAGGCUUUGGGAGGCCUUCCCCAUGCAGUGAUGAUAUCUUCGUGUACCGACUUUGCAGAAAUCGCCCACCACUUUUGAAGGAGGAGGCUUUAAAUAGCACGCAAAAUGCACACUGUCCACUCGUCGAGCGACCGCGCGCUCAAACGGAGCCGCUAGCUGUACUUGAAAUAAGUGAUGACGAUGAUAGCGAUGAACCUGUUAUUACUGAGGUUGUUCUUCCAAAGAGAAGGCACAGGGCUGCACAUUUGAACGCUCAAAAGCCAGGCCAACAACCAAGUUGUGGUGCUCCUGGUUUGCCUCUCACAGUUAAAAGUGAACCUGUGACGGUGAAAAGUGAACACACACAUAGCCAAACAUCCAGUGCCGCUAAUUCUUCCUGUAGAACUGUGCAGAUAAAAGAAGGGACUGCAGCACACACAUUAGCGUUGCCUAAAUCCGAGCACACACAUUGCCAAACAUCCAAUGCUACAAAUUUCCCCAGUAGAACAGUACAGGUAAAACAAGAGGCUGAAGAAAUUGCUUCUGAGCUGCCAAAAUCUCCUAUGUGUUUGUCAGCCACUGCAGAGACACCUCGGAUUAACAUAAAGAAGGAGGUGUCUUGUGCAACAGCACUGCAGCCUUUGGAAACAUCAAGUUCGACUGCAACAGAAGCAAAUUCUUCUAGGCUCAAGCCAAGCUGCUGCUUGACACGUGAUAGCACUUCACACCAUCGAAGCAGUGACGGUCAAGUUACAGUUAAGCAGGAAGAUGAAAACUGUGCCGGUGAAAUGGACGUAGCACAGAAGUCGGGUGUUUCAUUAACCACGUCCCGGGACAUUCCAAACUCCGUGUCCUCAGUUCAGGAGACUUCUUUGUGUUGCGGCCGCAUUGUAAAACAGGAAAUGCCAUCCCCGCUAAAAGUCAAGGACGAACCCAACACUUUCAGUUGCAGCACAGUUAAAGAUGCUGGGGCUGCUCCAAAUAUGCCUGCACAGCAUGACACACUUUUGUGCAAGGCACCUUCCAGUACACGAAGCAACAGUCCUAAGGAAUGUCCACGUGCAAAUGACACGGGUUCCUUUCUGAAGGACUGUUGUGUAGUUGUGCAGAGGCUGGACCAAAUGCUUACUGGUCCAGGUCCCUGUAGUAUGUCAGAGUCAGAUUCUAUACACAACACAAGCACACCAUUAAUUUCCACAGACGAAAGUAGACAUGCAGACAUCUCAGCUUAUUCUCAGAGUAACAAAGUUCAACACAGUAAGACAAAUAGCAUUUCAUCAGGUACCUUGUGCAGUGUGUCUUCUGUUCAAGAACUCCCUGGUAGUGCAACGCAGGAUUGUGAGAAUGCUAAAGUUUCUGCUCCACCACCAUUUUCGUUGGACCUUGGCCCUCGAUUAAAACAAGAAAUUGACGAUGCACCGACAAAAACACUGAAAGAAGUUGAUUUUUCACAAGAUGACUUGGUCAUCGUCCUGUCGGAUGAUGAUGACGGUGAGUACGUGCCCGGUGUUGCCAUAAAACCAGAACCAGAAGAUUACGAUGACCAUAUUUGUCAUCAAAACGAAGAUGACGACGAUGAUGUAUGGAUUGUCCAUGAGUCUAUAGUUAAGGUGAAGACAGAACUGGAAGACAAAGCUAUGGCUGAAGCCAAGGAUACAGCUUCUGUUUUGCCUCCUGACGAUGAACUCGUGAACCGCCUCGUAUGGGAUGAACAGAACCCGAGCAACAAUGAGCAGGACGAAGGCAGCAACCAUCCUUGUGGUGAGGACAGGAAAGGGAAACAUCAAGAGUCUGAAGCUGACCCACGGACUGCUGAGCAGGACGUGUGCGAUUUCUUUCCGGUCCUGUCGCAGAGCUUCUAUUGCGAUAGCAAAAGUAACUCUACAGAACUGAGCGGUCGCGACAAGAGUGCUAGCCCGAAAGUUCCGUCUAGUUCAACUGCACCUUCUAGGGCAGUGCUCGUGGAGCCACUACCAGUUCCCAAACCAAACUCAAAAAAGGUCUCUCUCAAGGACAAGUUACAAAAGUCCAUGAAUCAUCGGGUCCCAAUGCCAGGUGGUGGUUCUGCUGUCCAGAAGAAGGAGAGCUCCGACAAGUCACCUGCAUGUGGUACGGCCACUGAGAAGUCCUCAAAGUUAUUUUAUCAGGUGAAUAGGUUUCCGUCGAGGGCAAUUCACCUGCUUGACGUUGGCGAGAGCAUAGCCACGGCCGACGUGUGCAAGAACAAACCGAGGUCCCGUGGCGUCAAACCGGCACAGGGCAUGAUAAGUAAAGCGGUAGAACGUCGUGUAGAUAUAUUGUCCGGUGCGAGGAAUGCAGUUGCUUCUGCCGAAUUGCCAUCGUGCAGCACUGAGUCCACGUCUGGUGCAGCGAGCAAUACCACGUCGAGAAUGAAGCCAAUAGCAGAGCCGACGAUACGGGAAAGAGCUCGCAAGAAGCCUGCAGAAGCUUUGCAGCCCCUUCCAAACGAGCAGCUGCAGAAGGAGCUGCAAUUGCCUGCAAAGCAUGCAAACAUUUCAGACGGUCCACCUCCGAAGAGACGAAGACUGGAGCUGCAGCCAAGUUGGAUGGAGCACGUUAGCAACCUUGUUCAGGUAGAAAAUACAAGUGGGCCACCCGUACUGCAGGAUGAUCGACCGAGAGUGGUUCGUUUCUCUUCCGAGGCGUUGACUGAGCACCGCAGCGAGCAAGAAAGGGCCGAGUUUGCCGAGCGUGUCCGAGCGGGACUGAAGCAUAAGAAACUGGUGAAGAAAGCACCAAAGGUUAGCAUCACAACCUUCAUUGGAUACAUGCUGGGGUGGAAAGUGCAGUGGUUCAAGGAGCAGCUCAACUCUUCCAAGAUACCACCACUGAUUGAUAUGUCCAAAGUGAGAGAGAAAAGGUCCAUGUACAGUUCGUUCGAAGAAUACGUCUACAUGCACUACAACUUCCUGUGCCUUGAAAGUUGGUAUCAAGUGUUUAACGACUGGAGGGAUUACUUCUCGAAAACCUCAAAGAUGACCUUUAAUGUUGCUGUGACAGAGCACAGCCUCGCCCACAGGACUGACAAUGCGGUGGAAAACAUCACACAGUUAACUUGCAAUUUAGUCGUAAAGCCCGAAGCGGUGAAGAAAGGCGCGUAUCCACUCGAGGGCCACUUUGUGCGAAUUGACCUUCGCGUUCAGGACAACCCGAGGGUAGUGAUCCCCGUCUUUGGAUUCAUUGUGCAGCAUAAGCUCAAUAAGAACACUUGCCCUUCUAAGGCUUCCCUUCCCCAGCUGCUGCAGGGAGAGUACAGUGACGACUGCGUUGUGGGACUAAUAAAGGUGCACGUGAAGGCUCGGAGCUUUGCUCUGAACCUUAAUAAGGCAAUGCGGCUUAUCGUCGUCAGCAAGAUAUCCCCCAUCCUGCGCCAGGUUGAAGCCAUACUGGACCUCGACAAGUCCCCCUUCAUGCAGAGCAUCAUUCGACCCAACCCGCAGCACUUCUGGAGCCGCAGGGGGCCCUUGAACUCCAGUGUUCUAAGUGAUUACAACAAGGAGCAGGCUGAAGUAAUUAGUUCAUCACUGCUGGCAAUGAAAGCACCUGGGAAGGAGACUAGGAUUGUCAUCCUCCAUGGCCCCCCUGGUACCGGCAAGACUCGUACUCUCCUCGGAAUUGUGUUGGAGAUCAUCCGCCAUUGUGAAAACCAGCGGCUUCUCGUGGUCGCCCCGUCCAACACGGCCGUAGACGAAAUCGGCCGCCGCCUGCUCAUGGCACGUGCGCAGCAAGCUAGGGCUGGGGAGCCCAUUGACAACGUGCUGAAGAUCGUCAGGGUGGGACAGGAGCACAUGAUCCACAAUGAAGUGCGAGGCAUUUGGUUGGAGGAACUUCUUCAAAAAAACAUCCAGAAGCAAUUGAAGGAGAAGACGCAGGAGUUUGACUGCGAAAUCCAGGCAAAGCAGUCGCAAGUGAGGCAGUGCCAGGCGAGGAUCACUGCCCUCAUGUCGUCUGCGUGCCGAGAUUUUCGAAACAUACGACGUCUGGAAUUUGAAGCGCAGCACCUGAAGACUGAGAUCUUGCGGAUCACGGAGAAGAAGCGAGCAUUUGUGGAGGAGUCGAUGAAGCACAGUCGCAACUAUUAUGAGCGUAAGAUAGUGCUCCUACAGAAGGCACACAUUGUCUUGUCCACCAUCAAUAGCUGCCGUAGCAGACUCCUAGAGGAGGCCUUCGGUCGCAGCAGCCCGCACAGCUUCACGUGCGUCAUUGCCGACGAAGCAACACAGUGCACGGAAGUGGAAUUGUUACUCGCCCUGCAGUACCGUGCGAAUCGCCUGAUCCUUGUGGGGGACCCUCUCCAGUUGCCUGCAACGGUUCUGUCACGGGAAGCUGUUGAGCUCAACUUCCAGCAGUCUCUCUUUGAGCGCUUCUAUGGGUACCUCAAGGAAUCCGCAAACUCUCAGCCAAUCUUCCUUCUGACCCAGCAGUGCCGCAUGCAGAAGGAGAUCUGCUCUUUCCCGUCGCGCUACUUCUACGAGGGCAAGCUCUGGCCAACGAAGGGACUGGACGAGUCGUACGCCUCCUUCCCUCUCAUUCCGUACAUUGUUUUCAAUGUUGCCAACAGCCCAGAAAUGACAGAAGGGACCACUUCCUGGAUGAACCACGGUGAAGCUCAGUUUGUCAUUCUUCUGUGUGAUGCAGUGGUUGCACAGUGUGGUAGCAAUGUUACCAUAGGCGUCAUAACACCCUACCAAGCGCAGAAGAACUUGAUAGCCUCUCGUCUGGGCGCAAACAGUCUGAUCGAUGUCAACACCAUUGACGGCUUUCAGGGCCAAGAGAGGGAUGUGGUAAUAUUGUCGUGUGUGCGGGCAUAUCAUCCGAGAGGGUCCAUAGGAUUUGUGGCGGAUGCGCGUCGCCUUAAUGUGGCCAUAACUCGUGCCAGGAAAGCUCUCUACAUCUGCGGGCAUCUACAGUCUCUCGAAGACAGUGCGGAGUGGGCGGCUCUCAUUCAGGACGGUGUGACCCGUAACAAAGUGCGAAAUGUGAUGCCAGAGUUUUCGCCGGCGAUAGCCAGGCACAUCAUCACGAAACUGGGUGCACAGUCGCACUAGGGGGCUUGCAUGGUGAUUAGAGAUAAAGACUGUGUGACUAGAAAGGAUUUGACAGACUGCAUGUACAUUAUUUUGUCAUACGUGCUAGCUGGUAUGCAGCAGGUCUCCAGCAAAGACAAACAUCAAUGUGACUUGGUUGCGUUGGUCUCUAUCGUGAUAUUAUGCCGCUCGUUUGUGUUCAUUUGAGAUUUUUGAACAGAGGUCACAAUAGCGCUUUCACUUCCUUGUCGAGGCCUAUUUUUCUGCAUUUGCUACUUUGACUCAUGUAUAGCUACAUGUAUAGCAUGACAACAAAUUGAAUUUCAACUUGUGUUUGAACCCCCAAGUGAACUGUGACAUGAACGGUGAAAUAGAACGAAAAGAUGUGUUGUUUGGAGGGAGAGCUCGUGCGAGCGUUUGCUAUAUAUUGCACCCUACUAACGUACGUUAAGUUUGAAAAAGUCUGUAUACAUACGAGUGAAUCGUCCUAUUCGAUUCCAGUGUUCAGUGGCUCAUGCUUCAUAAAAUGAGAAAAUGAGUGGGCUUGCUCUUUGUUCAUUGUGUUACUUGCCUCUCCACAGUCAUAAAUCCUGACAUGUUUGAACGUCUCGGAUAUUUGCAGCCGAGCUUUGUUGUUUGAAGUUUUUAAGUUCUUUGCCGCGAGCAUGUCUAUGCGAAGCAACGAUACGGUAGUCACUAUGCUGUUUAACGAGACCUUUUAUCGGGGACGUGCACUGCUUUCGAAACACGGAAAUAUUCCUGGUAUUUGUGCGCCUUCUCAAUUGUAUCCAACCUCGCAGACCUAUUCCGUAAGCUAGUCAUUAAGUUACCCCCCGGCUGGUAAUGCGGAUUACAUUAUGAUGUAUGCAAGUUACACGAAUUACCUAAACAUCAACAGAUAUUAAUAUUAUUUUGGAGUACUCUUAGUAAUGUGUCUAUUGUAAGAUAUUUCCUAUGCAAGUCUGCAUACCCAUUUGCCUUGGGAGUUUUUUCUGUUUUUUUUUUACUGUGAUAAAUUGAACUGCCAGUUGAACUCGAGCAUUAAAACCUGUGCAAACUGUG